ACCCGGCGCACCAGCGGGACAGUCCGGCUGUACCACCGGCUCUCUCCGACCCGACAAACUGAAAAUACAUAUUUCUGUUGGAAAGAUAAUUAAACCGGAGUCAACCGCUGUCUCUUUCUUUGUGCGGAAGCUUCCUGAGGAAUCAGUUUGACUGAACCACUGGACCAGACUCAGCCAAGCCUUGUCCAGAGAGAAGCACCCAUCUGGGGGUAACGGAGAGGAUGAAGGAUUAGGGGAUAAUCCAAGAUGGUUCCAUGGUGCGACCACAGAACCGUUUGCAGCUGGACUCGGACCUAUUUCUGAGCUCAUGUCGACAAAGCCAAAGCCCAAAGCAAGUGGGGGAAACCAGGCGACCUGACCACACUCCAACUGGCUCGGCUGCUUCCAGGAACACAACUGCAUAGUGUUCUCCUCAAUUUAUGUCCGUUUAAUUCCGCCAGCUAUGCAUAACAACAAGCUACAAAGAGUGGGACAAAUUUUGGCUUGCACAUGAUAAACAGAGAUAAUAUUCCAGUGAACUAUUUGGCUCUGCAAGGCCUGGAGUUCAACUUUUCAGCCGUAGAAAUUACACGGUUUCAAGAUCUUGGAAUAACCUUUGAGAGUUUGAUUUUGGCAUAAGUCUAAGAGGAGAAAAAUUGAAGUUUUGUAGUUCAGUUUUGCCAUUCAGUGGGAUUAAAGGCAAUUUCAGACGUUGUUUGAAGUCUAUUUUAAAGAAAUACAAGCCAUUCACCUUCUGUGACCAUGAAUCUUCAGGAAAAGCUCUCAGGCCUAAAAGGUCUGGUCUCUCAUAGCAAGCGCCGCUUUAAAGGCGACCUCACGGUGGAAAUGAUCAGCCCCCCUCUGGGUGACUUCCGCCACACCAUGCACGUCGGCCGGGGCGGCGAUGUGUUCGGGGACACCUCCUUCCUCAGCAACCAUGGCGGGACAGCCAACGGGAACAACGCGGAAACGGAUUCUAUCUCCAGCCCCGACAACAAGAUCGGCGCGUUCUUCUCCAGGACAAUCCGUCAGAUCAGGAGGGGCUCAGACAACCAACCCAAAGAAGGACCUAAGGAGCUGUCACCUCCGCCCCCCGCCGUUUCUCCAAUAAUCAAGAACGCCAUCUCCCUUCCCAGGCUGGAUGUGGAUAUGCCCAAUGGGAGUCCAACCACCAAGGUGCUCUUCCCCAGUUCUCAAAGCACACCAGAGGAAAAGAAAAGCUCUUAUGGUUUGGAGUCUGGCUUCGUCACUCUGCCUCGCCUCUCUCGCUCUGAGCGUCAGCAGCCCUCCAUCUCCCUCCCCACCUCCUGCCCCCCUGGCAUCCACCGUGGCUCUCUGACCGACCCUACCGAUGCCAUCUUGUCCACCUGCUCUGCUUCAAUUGUGACCUCUGAGCCCAUAAAAACCACAGCCACCACAGCCUUCUCUGACUCACUUCCCUCCCUCACCUCCCUGGACACCUUCACCUUUGACCUCGGCCCCUCCCUCAUGAGCGAGGUUUUCGGGCUAAUCGACUGCCACCCAGAGGAGCACAGCCAUGCCUGGGAGGGAGAAGAAGUGGGGUCAGCGUGCGGGUUGACCAAUGACGGAUCGGAGAUGGACUCUGCCACUAUCUCAUACGUGGAUUCCCUGCUGAAGGAGGACUGCGGGGGAAGGAAGAGCCCGCACGGGGCCGAAUGGGAUGAUGAAGGGGGUAGCGGGAUGGAGGUGAACGGAGUUGGGCUUUCUGUUAAAGUACCUGAUGUAGUGAUGGGUUCUCCUGAACGGGUGAGGUUAGGGAUGGGGAUGGAGAGCGAGCGGUUCCAGAGCGCCACAGAUGUGCUCGCACGCCAUUAUGGGGUCAGCAGCCCCUUAAAGGGACAGAGCAGGAUGGAGGCUGCUGAUUCAGAGAGGAUGAUCAUCAGCCAGCCACAGAAGAAAAUGUCCUACAGUUACAUGGAUGAUGAAGAUGAAAUCAAAGUCUGAACUGAGGGAAAUCGAGUUUUGACACUUAACUAAAAAAUAUUUUUCUGAUGUAUGAUUCCUCUUUAAUUCCAAUCAAUCAUCUAAAAUCUUAGUAUGGACAAUGAGGCCGGCUCGGUGGAUUGUUUUUUUUUUUGAUGCAAUGACGCUGCAAGGAAGUACAGUUCUAAUGCAUACCUGUUUCUGAAUGUAUCUAAAAGAAAUGAAAGACUUUCAAGCUCAGCAGGAAAAAAGCAUACCGCUUUUUUUUUUCUUUUAAACAAAAAGGUUAUGACUUGUGAGGAUGUGGUCAGAUUGCAUGACUCUCAAUGGAAAUACCAACAUUACUCAAUGUAGAAGUUGUAAAGCAUGCCAUUCACUUUAAACAUUACACACUUCCUUGAAAGGAAAAGAUUUACAGUGUGAGUCCAGGUCACUUAAGAGAAAACGAAGAGGAUGUGGGGAUUUAACAAAAAAAAAAAAAAAGAAGUAAUCCAACUCCAACGCUUUGGGCAUCACUACAAUCUCUUGUCAAACUUUUCGCUCAGGAAUACACUACCAAGAAAGAAAAAGGGAAGAUUACUAACGAGAGAUCUGGAAUCUCAGGAUUUGUGACACAACCGCUUCGUAGGAUAAGCCAGGAAAAUGCAAACAUCUCAGUUAUUGAACUUCCACGGACUGAGGGAAUACGACAAGUCAUACUGGUAUUUGCUAGUUGCAACUAAAGGCUGAACCAUAUAAAUGUUUAUUUUAUGCUGCAGACCUUCUAUAUAAAUACUCUGUGCACCUUUUAUGAUUAUGAAGUCCGACUCCUGUAUGGCUUUUUAUAGAAGAAUCCUCAUUUAUAUGUCCUUUUAUACAAAUGUACAUAAAGAUAUCAACUGACCUCCUAUAAAUAUGCACCUUCAGUACAUAGUGCAGUUCACAUUCAUAUGCUGCAGUCAAUACCAAUGAUAUACUAUGAUGUUAUAAAUUGACAAUAAAUAUGUUUUUAAUUA